AUGGCUCAGAGGGCACCAAAGGCCCUACCCUUGCCGACCUGCCCUCGGACCAGUCUCACCCCAGCCCAGACAACCCUCCUGUGUCAGUUACCUGGGACCAGGAUCAAGUUCCCUGUGUCCGCCGCUGUCCCUUGGGCUUGUGUUACAGGCCAGAGCUCAGCUGUCAGCAGGAGUAGGCGGGGGCAGCUGGGGGAAGGGGGGGAAGGAAGCAGCCCGGAUCCGGCCGGCGCCGUCGGACGCUUGGGGCCCCCUGUGUGGCUGGGCAAGCCCAUGGAGAGUGGAGGGGCCCGGGAGGCACAGGGGGCCCAGCCCUCUGCCCCCCGGCCGCCCCCUCCCUCGCCAGCUGAGCAGGCAGCCCCGGUCCCCAGCACUCCUCGCAUCCGGCCCCGGCUGGUGUUCCACACCCAGCUGGCUCAUGGCAGCCCCACGGGCAAGAUCGAGGGCUUCACCAAUGUCCGGGAGCUGUAUGCCAAGAUUGCCGAAGCCUUCGGCAUCUCCCCCACCGAGAUUCUGUUUUGCACUCUCAACAGCCACAAGGUGGACAUGCAGAAACUGCUGGGAGGCCAGAUUGGGCUGGAGGACUUUAUCUUCGCCCAUGUACGCGGUGAAACCAAGGAGGUGGAAGUCACAAAGACAGAGGAUGCGUUGGGGCUCACAAUCACAGACAACGGGGCAGGCUAUGCCUUCAUCAAGAGGAUCAAGGAAGGAAGCAUCAUUAAUCGGAUUGAGGCAGUUUGCGUGGGCGACAGCAUUGAGGCCAUCAAUGACCAGACCAUCGUGGGCUGCCGACACUAUGAGGUGGCCAAGAUGCUCCGGGAGCUGCCCAAGGCCCAGCCCUUCACCCUGAGGCUGGUGCAGCCCAAAAGGGCCUUUGAUAUGAUCGGCCAGAGGACCAGGAGCAGCAAGUGCCCUGGGGAAGGGAAGGUGACCAGUGGGAGGGAGACUCUUCGCCUCCGGGCCCGGGGUUCUGCCACAGUGGAGGAGGUGCCCAGUGAGUUUGAGGAGGAGGCUGCCCGAAGGGUGGAUGACCUGUUGGAGAGUUACAUGGGCAUCCGGGACCCAGACCUGGGUAAGGGGCCAGGCCUCAACUCUGGUGGAGACGUCCAAAGAAACUCAGAGCGCUCAGGAGUUUGCGCGCGGCUUGGACUCCGUCUUGGGCGAGUUUGCCUUCCCCGACGAAUUUGUGGUGGAAGUGUGGGCAGCGAUAGGAGAGGCCAAGGAAGCCUGCGGCUAGGCAGGUCUCUGGCCCAGAACCCUGGAACCCAGGAUGGCCCAGAAACCUUGGUCCGGCCCCCGCCUGUUAGGCCCCGGCCCAAGACCCCCAGCUUAGUCCCCCAGACCCAGGCUUUGAAAGCGGGUCCCCAGAAGUCAGCUCAGCCUCAGUGCAGCCAUCAGAAGCUAGGCCAGGCUUCUGACACCCCCAAACAAGCUCAGUACUCUGGCCACCGAAAGCCAGCCCAGCCCUCUGGUGCACAGAGGAUGGCCCCAGUUCCUGGCUCCCAGAAGCCAUCCCAGUCCUCUGCACCCUCCAAACAAGUCCAGUGUCCUGGCUCCCAAAAACCUGCUCAAGGCUCUGGCUCCCCAAAGUUAGCUCGGGUAACCUGCUCCCAGAGAAUGGUACAGCCUUUUGAGCCCCCUAAACAGCCUCAGGGUUCUGGUCCUGAGAAGCCAGCCCAAACUUCUGACCCCCCAAAACAGUCUCUAUCCUCCGGCCUCCAGGAACCAGUCCUACCCUCAGGGUCCUCAAAACAGAGCUGGCCUUCUGAUCGCCCCAAACAGGCUCAGUGCUCUGGUCCUCAUAAUCUGGUCCAGUCUUCUGAACCUCCCCAAAAGGCUCAGUGUUAUGGCCCUCAAAAGCCAGUUCAGUCUUCUGAUUCCCUAAAAGAAGCUCAGUUCUCUAGCUUCCAGAAGCCAGCUCAGACCUCUGACCCCCCAAAACAGGCUCAGUGCUCUAACCCUCAGAAGCCAGAUAAGACCCUAGACCCCCAUAAAUCAGCGCAGUCAGCUGAACCCACAAAAUAUACCCAGCACUCUGCCCCCACAAAGUUGAACCAGACAACUAACUCCCCAAAACAAUCUCAAUUAUCUGGCCCCCAGAAGUUAGACGAGGCCUAUCACCCUCCAAAACAGGUUCAGUCCUCUGGCUUCCUGAAACCAGCUCAAUCUUCUGAUCCCCCAAAACAGAUUCAAUUCUCUGACCCCCAGAAGUCAGCUCAGUCUUCUGGACCUCCAAAACAGGCCCAGAACUCUGCUUCCCAGAAGUUGGCUCAGCCCUCUGACCCCCCAAUACAGGUCCAAUUCCCUGGCCCCAAAAAGCCAGCCCUGUUCUCUGACUCCCCAAAACAUGCUCAGUGCCCUGGCCCUCAGAAGUCAGCCCAGGCUUCUGAUCUUCCAAAACAGGCCCAGCACUCUGAUCCUCAGAAGCUGGCUCAGAUCUCUGACCCCCCAAAACAGGCUCAGUUUUCUGGCCCCCAAAAGGUGACCCAGUCCUCUGAUCUCUCAAAAGAGGUGAAGCCUGCUCAACUUUCUGAUCCCCCAAAACAGGCUCAAUUCUCUGGCCCCCAGAAAUUAGCACAGCCAUCUGAACCCCCAAAGCAGACCCAGCUCUCUGCCCCUCUAAAGUUGGCUCAGAUCACUGACCCCUCAAAACAGGCUCAGUUAUCUGGUCACCAGAAGCCAGCCCAGACUUCUGACUCUGUGAAACAGGCCCAGCACUCUGCUCCCCAGAAGUUGGCUCAGCCCUCUGACCCCCCAAUACAGGUCCAAUUCCCUGGCCCCCAGAAGCCAGCCCUGUUCUCUGACCCCUCAAAACAUGCUCCACGCCUUGGCCCUCAGAAGUCAGCCCUGGCUUCUGAUCUUCCAAAACAGGCCCAGCACUCUGCUCCCCAGAAGUUGGCUCGGCCCUCUGACACCCCAAUACAGGCUCAAUUCUCUGGCUCUCAGAAGUUGACUCAGCCUUCUGACCCCCCAUUACAGGCCCAAUUCCCUGGCUCUCAGAAGUCUGCUCAGUCCUCUGGUCCCCCAAAACAGGUUCAAUUCUCUGGCCCCCAGAAGCCAGCCCUGUUCUCUGACCCCCCAAAACAUGCUCAGUGCUCUGGCCCUCAGAAGUUAGCCCAGUCUUCUGAUCCAAUACAGGAUCAGCAUUCUACCCUCCAGAAAUUGGCUCAGCUUUCUGAUCUCCCCAAACAAACUGAGAUGUCUGCUCCCCAGAAGUCAGCUCAGCCCUCUGGCCCCCCAAAACAGGCUCAAUUCUCUGGCUCUCAGAAGCCAAUCCAGCCCUCUGACUCCCUAAAAUAUGCCCAUUGCUCUGACCUUCAGAAGUUAGACCAGAUUUCUGACCCAAAACAGGAUCAGAAAUUGGCUCAGCUCUCUGAUCCCCCCAAACAGGCUCAGAUUUCUGUCCCCCAGAAGCCAGCUCAGCCCUCUGGCCCCCUAAAACAGGCUCAAUUCUCUAGCCCCUCAAAGCUAGCCCAGCUCUCUGACUCCACAAAACAGGUUCAGUGCACUGGCCUUCAGAAGCUAGUUGAUACGCCAGACUCCCAGAAAUCAGCACAGCCAUGUGACCCCCCAAAGCAAAUUCAGGGUUCUAGUUCCCAGAAAUUAGCUGUGACCAUUGACCCCCAGAUGCAAACUCCCAAACAGGCUCAGAUUUCUGGACCCCAGAAGCCAGCCCAAUUCGUCAGCCCUUUGAAGUUGGCUCAAGGCCCCAGCUCUCAGCUACAGGCCUCCAGACAAGACCCCUCCAGCUUCGGUCCCAUACCCCAGCCCAGUUCCCCACACAAUCCCCUGGUCCCCAUCCCCCUAACCAGAGGUCCUUCCCCUUAUCCUCCUUCAGGGCCCCCAAAACCCCGCUCUGGGAUCCAGGGGGCCACUCCUACUCCUCAGGGGUCCCUUCCUGGUCAGGGUGGGUUGUCACAGACCCCUCCCCAAGAUGGUUCCAUUCCUGUUACCCAGAGUGCCUGGGUCCCAGAGAGCUGGGGUCAGGGCCCAGGAGGAGACAUUGGAAUCAAGUGGAGCCAUGGGGGCCAGAUGGAAACAGGGGGUUCAAUUUCCUCUAGCUCUGGCAUCUGCUGAGUCUUUGGCUCAGAGACCCAUAAGGUGAUCCAGAACUGGGGAGAAGGGCAUCUAGGUCCCCACAGU